AGAAGCCCCCUGACGCGCGCGGGCAAACAGUGCCCACAACAAACACGGACAGAAGGGCACGGACAUCUGGAGAAAAGUUGCCCCUCAAACAUAACAGGAAAAAAACAGGUUAAUUUUGAACACAUCUCUAUUGUUUUUAUCAGGAUGGCAGAUCCAGAGGAGAAAACAAAUACCUGUGGGACAAUAUGCCUGAAAUACCUCCUGUUCAUCUUCAAUCUUCUCUUUUGGUUGGCAGGGGGCGCUGUGAUGGCAGUGGGAAUAUGGACUCUGGUGGAUAAAAGCGACUACAUCAGUCUUCUGUCCUCCAGCACGUACAUGGUUGCGGUGUUCAUCCUGAUUGGUGCGGGAGCCAUCGUCCUGUUUACUGGGAUAUUAGGCUGCUGCGCCACCAUCAGGGAACAAAGAGGACUUCUUAUAGCGUUCUUCAUCCUGUUGCUGUGUAUCUUCUUACUCGAGGUUACGGCUGGAAUUUUGGCCUACGUCUAUUAUCAGGAGUGUUUCCCUCUCUGCUACCAGCUGAACUCGGAGCUGAGGGUCGACCUGAAAGAGAGGAUGGUGCAAAACUACCAGCAGCCGGGACAAGAGCACAUCACCAGAGCUGUGGACAAACUCCAGCAAGAUCUGAAGUGUUGUGGCAGUAACAGCUCAGCUGACUGGAGGGAGGGGGCCUGGAUACAGACGCUUGCCGACAGACGCCUGGUGCCCGACAGCUGCUGUAAGACCCCCUCAGAACGCUGCGGAGUCCGAGACCACCCAUCCAACAUCUACAGAGUGGAGGGUGGUUGUAUAUCUAAACUAGAGGAGUUUAUUCUUCAACACCUGCUGAUUUUGGGCUCAGUGGGUCUUGGGAUCGCAUUUAUACAGAUUGUGGGCAUGAUAUUUACCUGCUGCCUCUAUCGAAGUUUGAAAGAAGAAAUAUACUGAGGCCUGUACCAGAAAGCCUUCCUCUGCAUUACUGUCUGUUACGGUGUAGUUUUAAUGUGCUGUGCGAAGCAAAGGUGCAUAACAUAUGUCCUUUUGUUUUAGUGGAUUCUGAGUCAAUAUUGUAAAAACAAGUUCAUUUCAUUAAUGUUGUGUGCAUCAUAUUUGCUCAGUAAAUCGCCUGUAAAUUACCCUCUGAUCUUUCGAUAUCUGUACUGCUAUUGAAAAACAAUAUCAGUCGACCAUUUAUGUCAAACAUUAAUGACGCAGGAUGAUGUGUCAAUAUAUCUUGGCUGCAGGACAGUCCUUCUGGAGGGGAAGUUUAAAUAGCAUUUUUUAAGGAAAGAUUUUGGUUGAUACAUGUUGACAUUUUUUUAUUUUGCUGUACAAAAACAAAUCAGUGUAAUAAUGAUCAUGAUUUUGUCUGAUCUGUGACAGAUUUAUGCCUGUUUUACUCUUUAGCCGUUAUAGAGCUGUCAAUUUGUACUCGAACCCUAGCUAAGGAUUCGCUUUGGCGUUUGUAUACAUACUGGCAUGCCUCAAACGUGAUAUUGCUAAACACGUUGCUAAAUAAGGACAACAACCACCACAAUUAUGUGUGCAGGUGUCUGACCAAACAGAACGCCGUUGUAGUCCUUAUUUAGCAACGUGUUAGCAUCAUGCAUUUCUGAAACAGAUGAUGGAUUUCAAAUUCACAUUUGGGGCAUUAUUGCAGGUAAUUUCUGUUGUGGAACAAAACGUCAGAGUAAUGUUUACCAUUCCCCUAUUUUACUCAAAACUCCCAAAUUGCCAUUAUAAAAAAUAUUAAAAACCUGUAGGGAAAUCUUAGUGAAUCCAUGUCCCGAAAAUACUCAUUAUUUCCUGUUUUUUUAAUUGAAGAUGGUCUGCCAUUAGAGUUGCAAUUAUUGACUUACAACGGUAUAAAUUCAAAGAUGAAUAUCUGUAUUAUUAUUAAUUAAAUGUAGCAUGUUUUGUGUCAAAUAUUUAGUAAAUUAUUAAAACAUGCUCCA